CGACGUGGAGAGGAAAAGAAGAGAGCCAACGGCAACGGCAGUGCACUUUGAGAAAGCCCAUUGUAGGCUGUCUCGGCGUGUAUGUUCUGAACGCUCCGCAACAUGUUAAUGAGUUUUCGUCGGCUCCCAACGAAAAAUUUACGUGGUGUGUUCAGUAUACGAAGAAAAACCACUAGUGCGAGACAUUUACCCUCUUGAUCGAGUCUUUCACCUAGUACCAAUUGUGCAAUAAGCAAGCUGAGGAACGAUGCCAGGCAAAGGGGGCAGAAGAAGAAAGUACGGUCACGGUGGAAAAAGAGCUGAGUUAACAUCCGACGAGGACUCAGUCUACAAUGACGCGUGCAGCGAUACCAGCGGUCAAUCCGACAACCGCAGCGUGCUGGAGGAUGCGAAUGACAACGAGGUGGACGAACUCGCGCAGCAGGAGGCGUUCGAGGAGAAGCUGAGGGAGGCGAUCGACGGUCUGACCCAGAAGAGCGCCAAGGGCAGGACGAUCUGCUUCAACGGGAUCGAGAAGAUAUUCGCCAUCAAGUACAUCCCCGACUUCGUGGAGGACAGGAAGAUGACCAUCGCGGAUUCCGUGGAGCGCGGCCUGAAGAAGGGCCGCGGCGACGAGCAAUCCACGGCGGCCAGGCUCAGCACCCUGCUGUGCGUGCAACUGGGCGCGUUCGAGAGCGCCGAGAUGAUCUGCAGGGACCACAAGUCGACCUUGACCUUCAUCGCCAGCGAUAAUACAGCUUCCGUUUCUGCUCGCGCCGAGUGCUGCUGGGCGCUGAGUAUGAACCAGUUCUUGUCGGGCAACGACGCGGACGAUACCGUCGAAAUUAUGCAGCUGCUCUCGUCGAUUUUCUCCGGCUCCUAUCUGAAGGGGAACGGCGCGAUCGCCAACAUCUCCGCGGACACGGCGGCGCUACACGCGGCGGCUAUCUCGUCGUGGACUCUGCUUUUGACAGUCAUGACUUCUGCGGACAUCUACAAUUUGCUCGCGAGCGACAAGACGAACAGUUACAUGCCUUCUCUCAAUCGACUGCGCGAAUUGCUGGAGUCACCGCAUCUCGACGUGCGUUUGUCGGCUGGCGAGGCGUUGGCUGUGAUAUUCGAGCUCGGCCGCGACUUCUCCUGCGACUACGAGCAGGACUGGGCACUGGACCUCGUCGAAAUUCUCAAGGAACUCGCCACGGACUCCAACAAGUACAGAGCCAAGAAGGAUCGCAAGCAGCAACGUGCCAAUUUCAGAGACAUUCUGCGCUACAUCGAGGAGGAUGUCGUCCCGGAGAUGCACGUGAGAUUCGGCCAAGAGAUCUUGUACUUGGAGGGAUGGUGCGCGAGGACGCAGUACAACGCCUGCUGCCGGCUUUUGGGUCCUGGUAUCAACAUUCAUCUCGCCGAGAAUCAGCUGCUGCGCGAGAUCUUCCACCUCGGCAACAAAGUUCUACCUAUACCGUCGUCCCAGAAAACGAGCAAAUUAGAGAGGACGCUGAUGAAUGCGGCCGCGUUCAAAGCGCGCACGAUCCAGCGCAACAAGAACCGCGACAAGCGAUCCGCAGCCAUGGCGCCGUAAUCACUUUUCACUUCUGCUCCUACAUGCUGGUUGUUUGACUCUUCUUCUUUUAGUGUAAUACAAAUAUAUUCUUAAUUAUUUCUUAUUUAUUGUCAAAUUCGAUAGCGUAUUACAGUUUUCCUCGGUAUCGUCGGAUCGAAAUUUGCACGCUGCUAAUACAAACUCCCCAUUCGCGGAUAUUUCGCGUGACGGCUAACUUGCUCGUAUUUCAGAAAAAGUACAUCAAUUUACUGAUAUUAAAUAAAAUCCAGCACGUAUAUAUACACACACACAUAUAUAUAUAUAUAUAUAUGUGCGUGUGUGUGUGUGUGUGUGUGCGUGCGAGAGUCAAGUAUGUAUACAUACGACAUUAAUGCUGUUACAUCAACAACAGUCAUGUGUUUCGUCGUAGUUAAAUUAAUUGGAUUUUAUCGAGCAUUUUAUUGAACUGCUGUAACGCCGAUCAAUGUGAUAUGCUUUAUUGUUACUUUUGAUUAUCACUGUUGUUUCACGGGUGUAUGUUAUCUAUAUCUGUUGAUUUUGAUCAAAUUGUAUGGUAUUUUAUAAUAACGGCCAUGGAUAUGAAAUUGUUGUCUCGUUUGGAAGUAAUGUAGCACAGAAAA